CCCGUCCUAACUCGGUACCGAGGGUGCGCGGGCGGCGCCAGCCGUUUACGACGAGCCGGAAAGCAGCAGCCGCUUGGAGCGCCGGCCGGGCCGAGCCGAGCCACCAUGGGGAAAAUCGCGCUGCAGCUCAAAGCCACGCUGGAGAAUGUCACCAACCUCCGGCCAGUGGGCGAGGACUUCCGGUGGUACCUGAAGAUGAAAUGUGGCAACUGUGGUGAGAUUUCAGAGAAGUGGCAGUACAUUCGACUGAUGGAUAGCGUGGCACUGAAGGGGGGUCGUGGCAGUGCCUCCAUGGUCCAGAAGUGCAAGCUGUGUUCAAGGGAAAACUCCAUUGAGAUCUUGAGCCACACCAUCAAAGCUUACAAUGCCGAAGACAACGAGAAGUUCAAGACGAUAGUAGAGUUUGAGUGCCGGGGACUUGAACCAGUUGAUUUCCAGCCUCAGGCUGGAUUUGCUGCUGAGGGUGUGGAAUCAGGAACAGUCUUCAGUGACAUUAAUCUUCAGGAGAAGGACUGGACUGACUAUGACGAGAAGGCUCAGGAGUCUGUGGGAAUCUACGAGGUCACCCACCAGUUUGUGAAAUGCUGAACCCUCUUCCUGCACACCUGCCUCUGAGAACGGAAAAAGGACAACGGGCUCCGAGCAGCAGAGACAGGUCCCUUUAUCCCUCGUCUCCUGGCAGUUGUCCAGGCCUCACAGCCUGCAUGCUGGGAUCUGUCACAGCUUCCCAAGUACUACAAUAAAGCCCCGGUUUGUGCUACA